CGGAUUUGUUAAGGACAAGCUUCGUAAGAGGAUACAAAUAAAAAAAAAACCCAUUUUAAAACUCCACAUACGAAAAGAAAGUUGAAAAUGUCAUGUUUUUUUUUUUUUGUAAAUAGCCUUAAACUCCACAUAUAAUUUGAAAACGGGUCGACCCGAAAAAGAAAGAGAAAAGAUCGUAAAAGGGUCAGCUCAGGAUUUAAUGCCCCAGUUUAGUUACAGGUUCAGAGUGUUGGAGAAAAGGAGAACAGCCGGAGGACUAAGGAGUUAGUGUUAAAGUUCAAAAUGGCGGACGAAUCUACUCCCCCCAUUAGGCUUAUGAAUUUCAUAUCGGAGGACCAGUUGGAUGAAACCAAGAAAGCUAGGGGCGAACGCGUGGAGGAUGGCACUGCCCAGAGGGAUAGACCCCUUUACGAGAUUUUAAAGGAAAAUAAAGACAAAAAGGAUGCUGAAUUCAACGAACGCUUUAAGCACAGACCUCCUAAAGCUUUGGAUGAUGAUGAGACCGAGUUCCUUGAUAAAUUAGAGCUGUCUAAGAGGGAAUAUGAACAGCAAGUGGCCAAUGAAGAAGCCCAACAACUCCGGAAUUUCCAGGCAGCAGUGGCAGCCCAAUCUAUGAUCGUCCAAGAUUUUGAGGAAACACCACCUGUUCCUGUAGUCCAGGAACAGAAGGCAGCGAGAAAGAAAAACCCUCAUCCGCGUCCAUUAGGUGUGAUAAUAAAAGUGAAACCUCAAGCAAAAAAAGCUAAGUUGGAUCAGGGAGAUGUUAUAGAGCUGCCCUCAAAUGAAACAAACAUUUGUGAUGUUGAUACAGAAAAAAGAUCUCAGCCAGCAAAUUUACCUAGUCGUGAUAAUGAUAAAACUAAUGCUGUUGUGAGAACUUCUUUAGUUUCAUAUAGUGAUGAAAGUGAAGAUGAUUAGGCAGUUUCAUGAUUGAUAUCUUUGAGGAAACAGAUUUAGCUAUUUCAAUGAAUCCCUUUUCGUCC